AUCACACAUGUCUCAACCCCUCUAUAUAUCUCCAAAUCUCUGGACUCUCCCGUUCCGCUUUAUUCGCUCUCCACUCUUUCUUUCGUACGGCUUCCAUUUCACAGAGAGUGUGUUUAUUCCCCACCACUUGUAUUAUCCAUUCAUUCGUCGAUUCUUCCAGAAGGAUGUCCAGCGCGUGCGGUGAUGAAUCAUCGGCGACGGAAGUUACCGGCGCCGGUGAAAUCAUGUUGUUUGGCGUGAGAGUGAAAGUCGAUCCUAUGAGGAAGAGCGUCAGUCUCAACAAUCUCUCACAGUACGAACAGCCGAAUAUUAACAACUCCGGCGGUGAUAGCAAAAAUGAAUCGUUGAAAGUGGCGGCUGAUGAAGGUUAUGCCUCUGCAGAUGAUGCUGUUCAACAUCAGUCUAACUGUGGACGUGAGCGUAAGCGAGGAGUUCCUUGGACGGAGGAAGAGCACAAGUUAUUCCUUCUAGGAUUGCAGAAAGUGGGUAAAGGAGACUGGAGAGGAAUCUCUAGAAACUUCGUAAAGACUCGUACGCCGACGCAGGUUGCAAGUCAUGCUCAGAAGUAUUUUCUCCGUCGAAGCAACCUCAACCGCCGUCGUCGCCGAUCUAGCCUCUUUGAUAUCACCACUGACUCGGUAUCAGCAAUGCCAAAAGUAGAAGGGGAAAAUAAGCAAGAAAUCCCAGUUCUAGCACCAGCAACAUUGCCUACUGUAGAAACUACCAAAACAAAUGCAUUACCGGUGGCACCGGCUGUUGGUCCUAUCAUGAUACCAGCGCAGAUUGAUAUGUCAAGAGAUAGUCCAACGCUGUUGCGACGCGAUCAUGGGAAUUCAUCAAUGCUGGUUGGUGCUGUUCCUAUGUUUUCACUGCCCAAUCCAUCACCAGUGAUUGACCUUAAUGCGAACCAGAACACAACAAUUGAGCCCUCGCCUUUGUCACUGAGAUUAUCAUUGUCACUUGAUCAGGGACAAGCAUCAUCUACUAGACACCUGGGAUAUCAAGUCAUGUCAAGCUUCAGUAAUGGAGAAAGCAUCAUCAGUGUGGCAUGAGGAGAUCAAAGGAUCUCUAGAAAAAGUAAAAUGAAAACAAUAUGGAACAAGAAAUAGGACUAGAGUGAGUAAGCUGGGUUCAUAAUUAUAAUUUAUAUAUUGAGGAAAAGUUUAUUUAAGGAGACAUCCAUGUGAUUAAUUGACUAGACUUUUGGUCCUGAUUUGUGUACAAACCAGAAAUAUGUCAUGCCUUGUGGGUACCUGUUUAAUCCUACUCUUAUUUAACUACUA